AUGGAGUACGCAAAAGGCGCAGGAUUAAAUACGUCCAAAUGUUGUUUGCCAAAUACUCGGCAAGACCUUCUGAAGGAGAUUCAGGACUGGAUUAGCAGCACCGAGGAGGGUGCUCCACGGAUCUUGUGGUUAUCUGGUACAGCAGGGAAGGGUAAAUCGGCUGUUGCCCAUACGAUAGCCAAGUGGUACAUCGAACGCGGCGGUCUUUGCUCAUUCUUCCGCUUCGAUCGUACAACGUGCAAAUCUAAGCUGCACCGGUCUUUCUGA